AUGCACCAUGCAUUCGGAUCCGGUGGUGUUGAGAACCCAGACAAGCCCGAGGUAUACAGCCGGCCGCUCGUCGAUGGGGUGGGCCCCGAGGCCCUGGUGCAGACUCGAGUUCUUACUGUAACAGAAAUCGAUUGGCAUCACAAGCGUGCAGUUUACAGGAUCGGGACUGCGGCUCGGGUCAGACCGUGCAAACACUCCAGGCAACGUGAUACCGGGGAUGGCCUGUUGAUGAACGGGAAUGCCCAAGUCCUAGAAAGCCACUGA